AUGGCACUGGUCCAAUUCGAGAAGGUGAUCCAUGAUAUGGCUAUUAAGCACCUUAAAGUUCCGGAGGAAUCAGUCGGGAGGUUUAUCCAAGAUCAAGUUCAGGUGAACCCCAGCACAUUUCUAAAAGCAGUUAUUAUUAUUGCUAUUAUUGUUAUUAUAAUGAUUGCAUAAAAAGCUGAUUCUGGAGAACAAAUUAUAGGAGAUCCACAAACUCUUUGGACAAGUUCAUGCAAUCUCCGAGAGAUACCAACUGUGGGGCAAGACACCCAACUACUUCUGUAAGCGUGACAUUGCGAAGCAAGCAUGCGGUUUCCCGGGACAGUUGAUAGCGGGUUUCCUCCUCUCGGGCAAGCAAAUCCCAGAAUUCUCACCGGAAGACGAGCAGCUAGUUCAGGAUCUUGUUGCUGUUAUGGAGAACGAAGAAUCUGUCCAUGACUUCUUGGACACGAAGCCUUAUGUUGACCAUUGGGGGGGCAUGAGUGAGCAGGAUUUCAUUGAUUUGGCACGCCGUAUUGUGGUAAGCUUUACUUUUUGUCUUCCCUUUUCCCAGCCUGUGGCAGUGGUUGUGUUUCGGUGGCUAAUGGGGCCUAAGAUUGAUCUUAAUGCCAUGCACGAGCACACGGAUGAAGACAACAAGUUCAUGGCCCUGACGCGUGAGGAGAGGAUCGAAGACCUAUUGGAUCUUUUGAAGGCUUGAAAUAUUUUCUUUAUUUGCCGUUCACCAAUGCUAACGAUCCAGUAGAAAUGCAAAGGGACCCUCUACGCAAUGUGGAAGAUGAGUCUCUACGAAGAAUGCCUCAAAGACCCCCGGGGAAUGCAGAUUGUAUCAUCCUCUUGCCUCCCACUCCCCCUUCCUCCAAUGUAACAGACUAACAUUCCUAGCGCUUUGUUGACAACCAAAAAAACAACUGGCAAAAGAAGUCCGAAGGGCGCAAGCGCAAGCUCCGUGAUGCAGAGAUCGAAGAGCAAGAGGCAGUGACUGGAGUCCGUGCUAAAAAGCGCCGUCAGGCAAAAUCUAAGCCGGAGGUGCCUCUUGAAGAACUCGGAAUGGAGUACUUUGACGACCCGCGCGGAGUACCAUUGGCACCUCCGGAGAAGCCGCUGGCCAGGAAAGGCGUCAAUACCGGGAGGACCAGCAGUACGCCUAAGAGAAUCUUUCGUGGACCGAAAUAUCGGGCCAUCGAAGCUAUUAGACAGGCCAGCACCGAGCGCGAAGCGCCACAGUCGGCCAACAAAGUGGAGGAAUUAAUGGUGCCGGCCGAGGUUAGGUUGGAGAAGCCAUUGCAUCUUACCAUUGUGCCUGCUCAGGGUUCUGCUGUUCGGGAGGCGGGGAUGGUUUUGUCUUUGAAGGCUUUUCAACCAGCACAAGAGGAUACUGGUAUCUCCCGCGGGAAUCAGAAUGCGGAGGUUUUGAGGGAGCAAGUUCAAGAACACCUUCACGAGCCUGGGCUCCCAGAGGUGGUUGAGGUUCCUAAAGUUGUCACUGGAUCGCAGGAGUACUUUGGCGCCGGCAUGGAUAACAUGGAAGCUGCUACUGCUCAGGAAUCCGACUUCGAUUCCUGGGACUUUCUUUUGGACCCCAGAUUCCUGGUUCAAGAUGAUACUCCAAGGAAUGCCCUAGAUGACGUUUUCGUAGCUGACAAUACUAGUGGGCAGACUUUCCCCAUGGCCUCAACUAGCGGUUCCGGCGGCAGCAAUGUCCCGGGCAUGGACUUCUUUGGUUCUGGGCUCGGAACCUCAUCCGGGCCUGGGGCGUCCCAGUCCUUGAGUAAUGCAUCCGGAAGAGUCCCAGCCAACAUCAAAACCGAAAAUUUCGGCGGAGGGCCUGGCUAUAAUCCUGCCCAAUUGAGGGAAACUCCAGGCACCCAAGUGCUCCGGAACAGCUUUCCUUCCAUUCAUAGCACCACCAAUGGCAUUUCCAAUCCCGCAUUCCAGGGAUUCAAUUUCAAUGAGCAAGUCUCUGGCACUCCUAACCCGCACUUCUUCCAAGUAGGUCAUUUCCCCGCUCGACAUGAUGUGGCUCCCUACCAAUAUGUCAACCCGAGCUGGCUUCAAAACUCGGGCCAAUCCUCAUAUCCCGCCCCAAACACCGCCACCUCUUCCUCCGCUGGCGCUGCUUCUAACGUCUUCCAGAAUAGUACGUUGUACUCGGGCGAGAGCGAGGAGGCAGGCGCCAUCGAAUCAAUGACUGGGAAUGAGUGGCUAGCCCGGUUUGACGGGGAUAUUAAAGACGAGAUGGACCUGUUCCCAUUCUAAAAAAACAAUUUAUUUAUUCAAUAGUGACCACCAGAACGUUGCGAUCUUGAAUAUGACCAUAACUCCCCACUUUAGCCCAUCCCACUUCUGCUUUCUAUUUUUAUUUUUUUUACUUCUUUUCCUCUUUUUUGAUUUCUCUAUCGUUUUUACGUGGGUGGGUUUACGUUACCUUAUUGUCUCCUCCCACUUGGUUGAGUUGAGGAUGUUUGUAGUUACAUUGUAUCAUGCUUUUUUUUUUCAUUUUUCUCCUCUUCCUUUCGAACACAGCCUUAGAUGGCCGGCCUUUUUUGGCCAACAAAAUGUUCGUUAGGUCCUCGUUUGUUUAUCAGAUAUAUAUCUGUCAUGGGGCUAUUGUUGGUCAAGUACCACCCUCACAUCCGGCAGCGUUUGCAUCUGCCUGUUGUUAGCACCUUUUUGUCUGUCGGUUUGUCCCCCUCUGUAUGUAUGUACGUUCGUAUGCAUUGCCUGUACGUGUUAAAAAAUUUAAAAUACAAAAAAAAUUUGAAAAAAAAAACCUGGUUAACUUGGAGCCCUUGUUUGUAACGGAAGGAGGUGGGCUCACUGUUUGGUUGAUGGGCCAUUAAGACGAUGGCUAGGUGUUGUCUAUACUUUAGUCUAUCGAGGGGAGUGCCGUUGGAAGUACAGUAUCAGUCCAGUACGAGCGGAAGACAGACUACUCAUAAAUAAUCACUCGGCCACUAGCCGCCAUAAGAAUCGUUUAGUAACCAGACG